CUCAAUGAAAAAUUAAUUAAUUAAUUUAAACUCAUUCACUAAGUUUACGUAAUCAGGUUGAGAUGAUAAUUUAUGGACGACCUAAAAUGACCGUAAACAUGUUCACCUAUUAACUAAGACUAAAUGUGUGUUAUAACCCAGUGUAAGAAAUUAGGAAUUAAAUUUAGGGUUUUUAUCACGAACCGACAUAAACUAAAAGAUCAAAACGCUAUUUAACCAAAUAGAGAACUCUUGAAUCGAUCAGCUCCACUGAACCAACCCAAUAUCGAGGCAGCACCUACGGACCACCCAAUCGAUGUUGGCCCACCAACAAUUAAAGAAAUCAGCAUGGCCAUCAGACAAAUCAAUAGUGGCAAAGCAGCAGGAUCAGACAACAUUCCAGCAGAGGCACUGAAAGCAGACGUAGCGGUAACUGCAAGGAUACUCCACAUUCUCUUCAAUAAGAUUUGGGAUGAGGAACAAGUACCAAAAGACUGGAAAGAAGGACUUCUAAUCAAAAUACCGAAGAAAGGCGAUCUCAGCAAGUGUGAUAACUACAGGAGCAUCACUCUUCUCUCAAUACCGGGAAAAGUCUUCAACAGGGUAUUGUUAAACAGGAUGAAGGGCAACGUAGACGCCAAACUUCGAGACCAACAGGCAGGAUUCCGUAAGGAUAGAUCGUGUACAGACCAAAUCGCAACUCUACGUAUCAUUUUAGAACAAUCAAUGGAAUGGAAUUCAUCACUCUACAUCAACUUCAUUGACUACGAAAAGGCUUUUGAUAGUGUGGACAGAACAACACUAUGGAAGCUUCUUCGACACUACAGCGUGCCUCAGAAGAUAGUCAAUGUCAUACAGAAUUCAUAUGAUGGAUUAAACUGUAAAAUCGUGCAUGGAGGACAGUUGACAAAGUCGUUCGAAGUGAAGACCGGUGUCAGGCAAGGCUGCUUACUCUCACCCUUUCUCUUUCUCCUGGUGACCGACUGGAUCAUGAAGACAUCGACAUCUGAAGGGAAGCACGGGAUACAGUGGACAUCUAGGAUGCAGCUGGACGACCUAGACUUUGCAGAUGAUCUGGCCCUUCUAUCCCAAACGCAACAACAAAUGCAGGAGAUGACCAGUGUAGUAGCAGCCUCAGCAGCAGUAGGUCUCAAUAUACACAAAGGGAAAAGCAAGAUUCUCAGAUACAACACAGCAUGCACCAAUCCAGUCACACUUGACGGAGAAGAUUUGGAAGAUGUUAAAACUUUUACAUAUUUAGACAGCAUCAUUGAUGGACACGGUGGAUCUGAUGCAGAUGUGAAGGCGCGGAUCGGCAAAGCAAGUGCAGCAUAUCUACAACUGAAGGAUAUCUGGAACUCAAAACAACUGUCAACCAACACCAAGGUCAGAAUUUUCAAUACAAAUGUCAAGACAGUUGUACUGUAUGGUUUGGAAACUUGGAGAAUUACGAAAGCCAUCAUCCAGAAGAUGCAAAUGUUUAUUAAGAGCUGCCUACGCAAAAUACUUCGGAUCCGUUGGAUAAACACCAUCAGCAACAACCUACUAUGAGAGAGAACAAACCAGAUCCCUACGGAGGAAGAAGCACUGGAAGUGGAUAGGACACUCAUUAAGGAAAGCACCGAACUGCCACACAAGACAAGCCUUCACAUGGAAUGCUCAAGGCCAAAGGAGGAGAGGAAGACCAAAGAACACAUUACGCCGGAAAACGGAGAUAGACAUGAGAAAAAUGAACAAGAAUUGGAUGGAACUAGAGAAGAAUGUACAGGACAGAGUGUGUUGGAGAAUGCUGGUCAGCGGCCUAUGCUCCAUUGGGAGUAACAGGCGUAAGUAAGUAAUUUAGCCAAAUAGACGAAUACAUUUUGUGCCAACAUCCAAGACCUAUUAUCUUAUAUCUUGUUGGUUUGCUCAUAAAUUAUAGUCUCGCCGUAAUCAGCAUUGAAUCAUAUUUUUUAAUUGUAUGUUACUUACUACCUGAUUGUCAAAGUCAAUGUAGACUAAGCGAGGUUAAAUGAUGAGAUUUCAUAAUUGAAACGCAACGGCUUUUUUCUUUUUCUUUCAAC